AUGCCUCGCUCAAAGUCAAAGACGCUUUCUCUUGAGACCAGGACAAAGCUCCUGGAGGCAAUCAACAAGCAGAACAUGUCUGUUGCUGAAGCCUCUCGCCGUCUCAUGGUCCCAUACACCACUGCUCGCAGUUUCAUCCAGCAUUACAAAGAAACUGGACAUGUAGAGCCGAAGAAGAUGGGCGGGAACCGGGAGCCUGUCUUGACCAAUGAACACCUUGAUUGGAUCCAGUCUAAGCUCGACAACAAGUCUGAUAUCCGCCUUGCCGACAUUCACAACGACAUGAAGAGGGCAUUCACCUUUGACAAGCUGCCGUCGAUCACCAGUAUCCAUCGCGCCAUCAACACCAAGCUGCAAUACACCUUGAAGCUUCUUCGAGUUGAACCAGCUGACUACAACAAGCCUUCUCGCAUUCAGGCUCGCAAAGAGUGGGCUCAGGACUAUGUUGAUAGCGGUUCCAGCUUGUUCAACGCCAUCUACAUUGACGAGUCUGGAUUCAAUCUUCAUCAGCAUGUCUCAUAUGGCCGUGCAAAGCGUGGCGAUCGAGCGAUCAGGAUUGUGCCUUCAGACAAGGGCCAAAACAUCUCGUACAUUGCAGCUAUCGGGGCAGAAGGUGUGGUUGCCGACUUUGCAUAUCAAGCAUCAACUACAGGGAAGCUCUUUGCGUGGUUCCUCAAGGAGAGAGUCUUCCCAAAGCUGCAGCAUCGACGGCAGAUCAUCCUUGAUAAUGCGACCAUUCACAAAACAGCCGACGUUCGCCAGGUCUUCCAGGAAAGCAUCCAUGAGUGCGUCUUCCUGCCACCUUACUCGCCCUUUCUCAAUGCUGCAGAGUGGCAUUUUGCUCUCAUCAAGCCUCGACUCUCAAAGGAAGAAUACAAGAACACCGAGAGCCUCUUGAAUGCCAUCAGAGCAAGCGCCAACACCGUCACACCAGGCAUGGUCACGUCAUGGAUCAGGGAGGUCAACAGGAACUUGAUCAGGUCCAUCAAUGGCGAGAUACUUGGGCGAGAGCAUCACUACAACAUGCAGGAAGGGGACGAAGACCUUGCAGUCCAGCUGCUCGAAGACCUGGAGAACAUGCAUGUACAGGUGUAA